UGACGUAACAGAACAAUCCCACUCUUUUUUUUUGGUUGCUUUUUUCCCCUCCGAAGAACGAACGAACGACUGUUUGAAAUCUCGUUUGGGCUUGUAUUAGUGUAAAUGGGGGAGUCCUGUACACUCGUCGUAAACACUUCAACAUCAAGGAAAUCUUUUUGGGGCACUGACAACUAGCUGGGGUACUAUCUCCGAUUGACGGGGACGUAAACAAGCUUUCUUUUGGUUGUUGCUGCUGACUGGCGUGUCUGCCAGCUGUUUUGAACGCAAAAUGGAGCAAGCUGCGAGCCGAUACCAAGUGUUACACAAUGACUACAAUGAGGAAGACUCGUCCGAGGCCUCCACCAGUGCAGUGCCAUCCACCUCAGCCCAGGGGGCCUGUGCCAUCACACCCGAGGUGGCAGGUGCCAGCGCGGCGCCCGAGGCUGAGGUGCCACCGCCUCCCUACGACAGCGUCACCCUAGGGGCCACCGCCGCACCAGAAACUAGUUUUCAGGGGGGUUUCCCUGUGCCUCCGCCAUACAGUGUUGCCACAUCUCUGCCAACUUAUGAUGAAGCGGAGAAGGCCAAAGCUGCAGCCAUGGCGGCCUCCGCUGUCGAGGUGGUGCCACGGGACGAAGAUUUCCCUCCGCGAGAUGACUUCAGUGAUGCCGACCAGCUCAGGGUGGGCAAUGAUGGCAUCUUCAUGCUGGCCUUUUUCAUGGCCUUCCUCUUUAACUGGAUCGGAUUCUGCCUGUCCUUCUGCUUGACCAACACCAUCGCGGGUCGCUACGGCGCCAUCUGUGGGUUUGGCCUCUCUCUCAUCAAAUGGAUUCUCAUAGUCAGGUUCUCUGAUUAUUUUACUGGAUACUUCAACGGGCAGUACUGGCUCUGGUGGAUCUUCUUAGUUCUGGGUAUGCUGCUGUUCUUCCGGGGAUUCGUGAAUUACCUGAAAGUUCGCAAUAUGUCAGAGAACAUGGCCGCCUCCCACAGAAUGCGCUUCUUCUUCCUCUAUUAAAGAGGUUGCCACACCAAACAUUCCUCCCUAAUGUGAAAUUCGUGAUUUGCAACCCGUCAAAUGAACUGGACUGAAGCCCAAAGGGGGGGAGGAAGAAGAAGAAGAAGAAGAAGAAGAAGAGGAGGAGGAGGAGGAGGAGGAAGCAGAAAAAGAGAGAGGAAAAAGGAGUGCAUAAGUGCUGCCAAAAAAGCCCAGGCUUCCCUCAUUAAAAGUCAAAGAAGUGAUGCACUCCUUCCCUAACCGAGUACAGAUUAACUAAGUUAAUAUUAGGUUUGUGUAAUAUCCUUCCUUGCCUUUGUAUGCUCUUAUUUAAUUACUUGCUAUACAGAAUGGACUGAUACUCUCACACACGCACAAACACACUUAAACACACACACACACACACACACACACACACUCUUACAGUGUGACACUUUCCAAUGUGGAGUGAUACUUCAUAGGAGGGAUCUAAAAUCAACUGUAGAGAACAGGUCCUCAUUAGGAGUAUGCACCCGAGGAGUGCUAUGCAAACGGUUCAUGUCUCUUCGAAUGCGAAGGACCAGAUAAAUGUAGUCGGUUAGUGCCCCCCUCCCAGCCUCCACCCCACCUCUGCUCGUUCCAUUUAGAACUGUAAGCUUUGUUGCACUGCAGUAUUGAAGUAACCUCAUGAAUAAGAGAGCUCUUUCUCUCUCUCUCUCUCUCUCUCUCUCUCUCUCUCUCUCUUUUCUUUUGCUCUUGGUUUGAUCAUUGAAGCUAAUGCCAACUAAAGAUAUGUUUGCACUACAUGAGGUCUUUACCCUUACCUUUCUUAAGUCAUGACUGGCUUAUACUCUUAGUAGUGUAUCAGUAGAGCUUUGUCAAGCAGGUUUGGUAUUCUGGAAUUUGUAUUUAUCUUAAUAAAAUACAGAGAUUUUGCCAUUUUUGCACCAUAAUAAUUUAAUUUGUUAUUUUGGAUAUUGUUAUUGUAUUUACAUACAGUAUAUAGAUUAUUGCAAUCAGCUAAAACUGUGAUACUUCUUUCCUUGUCUAGGCUACAUUUUAGUGCUUAAAAUGCUAUGAAUUUCAUCCAUUUGAUUCCACAAACAGCCUCUUCAGCAAUAUCAGAUCUUUAAUGAAACAUGUAAGUGCAUGGUUAACUUGGUUGCACUGGUUUGAAAAAAAAAACCUACAGUCUUAAAAUAGUGCAACACAGUGAUUUCAAUAUACAUUUGUAAACCAAACUCUUUUCUUUUGUCAGAAUUGAACAUUUUGGAGCAUCUCAAGUGUCAAAGACAUGGUUGUGUGUGAUGUGUUAAUUAUCUUGUCUUGCAAAAUUGCCAAUAAAGUUCCACUGGAACCUUG